AUGAACGGAAACUGGCAUAAUGUUAAUGGAGGGGGCCUCCCGAUUCGCAGGCCCCCUCCAACAGUGGACGAGGCCCUCCCGUAUUCGCCUUUUACCUCCAUCAUCCCCUUCUCGCCGGAUAUCAUACCCUUUCCCAUAGCCGAGCCUCCCACGCCGCCUUCGACGCUGAGUUCAGACCAACAAAAAGCUGCGAAGAGGGCAGUGGCCAUCUUGAACGACGAAAUCCAGGGUCAAUCCACAGCUCAGCACUUACACGACACACUCAAUCAGUUACGCAAUCUUCUUAGCCGCGACAAACUUCCUGAGUAUCACUUCAAGUCGAUGCCUCAACUAGCCACCCCUCCACCGGAUAGCCCCGUCAAGAAUGCCAAUGGAGACACAUCCACGUACACGCCCGAGUUAAGCCCUUUUGCGCGCAUGCUCCUGAAGCAGACCGACGUGCCAUUUACGACGUCAAGCACCAGCACGCCCACGCCAGCUCGCAAGGAGCAAGCUUCUGCAAGGCAACAGUCUCAUUUGCAACAGGCUCGCGCAGGGAUCCAAUCACCAGCAACGUCAAACGGCAUCGCCCACGCACAAAACGCGAACCUAGCAUAUCCACCCAGUACUCCUUCAUCCGCUCCUAAUAGUACUCCCGUGCGCCCGCCGGUGCGCCCUCCCGGCCCUGCAGUCAUGAUCAAGCCAACACUUGGGGCUCGUGAAGACUAUAGAUAUAUCGAGAAUAUUCCCACACCUGGAAGCCUAUCGCAGAAGAAGGACGAUAGCAGAGCUGAAGGUGGUGUCGCUGUUCUGAGACCUCAUGAACGCGACAUUGCCGACGGGAAGAUUGAGCUGCUGAAAAAAAUUGUAGCAGAUCUAAUCGAAGACAAGGAUGACCUCGAUGGACCACUGCAGUUUACCAAAAUCACGUCUCCUGAGGGCGACUUCAACAUCCUCAAAUCGCGCUCUAUGGAUAACCUUUCCGAGAAGAUUGCGGGCGUAGUCACCCUCGGCCGCUUUGGUACGCUUCCUGUCGACCUGAUCAUGCAGAUGCAAUCGCUUCUGCAACCAACUAUCCUAUCAACGAUCAAAAAUGGACUUUUCCCACAGGAGGACGCUACACUAGAACUGACUGAGAGCAUUACGUCGGCGAAGCUUGCCCUCAAAGCAUCCAAGCUUUUGCUAGAGACCAUGAUUGAGGGUCACGAUGACCACCGGAUACGGCGAGAGGAAAUUAUCGAUACCAUCGUCGAUCUUAUCAAACUCGUCAAGGAUGCAUGCGUUAUUCCCAUUGUCCAGGCCCGACGGUCAGGAGAGUCACAAGAGUUGUUCAACACAGCCUCAGCUGUUAGGCAAGAUCUGCAAAUGGUGCUGCGUUUGUGUGGAGCUGUUCUUGCCCGCUUUGCUACACUUAUCGGCAAACACAAGCUGUCAGAUCGAGCUGUCAACGCAUUGGAAUACUUGACGCUUGAACUACUUGUGGAGCAAAAUAGCGAGCAUGAGAGAGACUCAGUCUUCACUAUCAAGAAAUUUGAACACUUCCGCCAAAAGGCCAUGGAUGUCCUCGCUCAGGUCUUUGCUCAACAUUCAGAUCUACGAUUAUCUAUCCUCAGCGGCAUCUUCAGCAAUUUGGAGAAGCUGCCCGACAAGAAGGCGAGUGCUAGACAGUUUGUUUCUGCUCGCGAGCCAUCCAUAAUGACCAUAUCUGCGCUCUUCAUGCGUUUCGUACAAGUAGUCGCGACGAACCCAAGUACUCGCACCGCGCUGCAGAUUAGCGACGUCGACAUCGCCGAGGACGAGGCCAGCGACUAUGAGCCUGGCACGUCUCCUUCGAAGAAGGCGAAAAAGGGCAAUCACGACAGCGCAACGGCGGCAUCGACUGCUCAGAAGCUUACGGCUAUCGCCACUAAUACAGCUGCUUUCAUCGCAGUGCAACUUUGCGAGAGGGCCUCGAACACUUCCAAGUCGGGUGAUAAACCAUUUCGCAAUCUACUUGAUCUAUUUAUAGACGACUUCUGCAAUGUCCUUGGUUCGCCUCAGUGGCCUGCUGCCGUUAUGCUUUUACAAGCAUUAUUGGUCCGCAUGUCAAAUAUACUCAAAGACGAGGAAGCAGCAAAACAUUCGGUUGUCGACAAGGAUAUGGCUCUAACGACAAUGGCGAGGAUCGGCUGUGGUGUGAUUGAUUUCAGAGAUCGUCUCAAGAAGAUGAAGCAGAGAUUGGAUAUUUCCCAAUCCGAUCUGUCCUCGAGGCUAGAUCGAUUAGUAAAUGAUGCCAUGAGCGACGACGUAAAAGAAAGAGUCAACGACGUGGACUUGUAUGCGUUUGAUGGACCUUACCGCAUGGUCAUAGAGUCACUGGUUGAUUAUCUCGACUUGCGGCCAUCCCAAGAAGACCCGCACUUGGCGGCAGUGACAGGCUACUACGUUAGUCUAUGGCUGACAGAAGUCCUGAAGCUUUUCCCAAAGGGAGAAGAGGAUAAUCGACCACAAGCAAUCAGGACCGUCCAACAGUGUUUGGAGAACAUGAUCGUAGACUCUAAGUGGCUGGCUCGAAAGUAUAACUUCCAGUCUGUGUCAGACGACCAAAGCAAGCUAGCCGCUGGUGUCAUCACUUUGCAAAGCCAGGUUUGCAGGUACCUGCCCAGUAUCGUCACGUUUAUGCAACGUUAUGCGCAAGACAAACACUCCUCAAAGCUUCGGACGAGAGGGACGACAGGAUUGCAGCAGCUCCUAGACAAAGAUCCACGCGUCAUCUCUGAAAACCAUGUCAUCAACAUGAUACCCUCGUUGCGAGACACCUCACCAAUGGUACGGGAGGCGACGCUUUCCCUACUUUCGAAUUGUUUGGCAAAGGAGCCGUCACUCGAACGCCAUGUUCUACCUCAGAUCCUAGAGAUGACGACUGAUCCCUCAAACGGACCAAAGAAGAAGGCCAUCAAAUUGCUCAAGGAUAUCUAUCUCCGAUCUACAUCAAAGCAGAAUCGCCUUCGGAUCGCUGCCCCAUUGCUCCUCCCUUCACAAGACGACGAAAGCACUAUUUCUGAACUGAGUAGGAACGUUCUCGAGGAGAUAUGGAUGACGACUGCUAGCACCAGUGCUAAGACUGACGAUAGUCAAGACAAACUCAAUCGUGCUCAGCGAGCUUCAUUCAUGGUAGACCUUGUUGAGUCUAUCGAUCGGAGUAGAGUCCACAUGGAGGCAUUCGAAAAGUUCUUUGCUCACUGUUUGUCCCCUGAAGCCAAGUACCCGGAUGCAAACCUCAAGAUUUGCGGAGAGCUUGUUGUAGAUCUCAUCGACGAGGUCAUUGACCCCGGAAAUGGUACAGACACGGAAUCCCAAGCACGUGUCAUGAACGCGCUUAGUGUUUUUGCAAAGACGAAACCGACGCUGUUCAAAGUGGUACACCUGAACCAUCUGAAACUAUACAUCAAGACUAUCCAAGAUACGGGUGACAUAGCCUUGGUGCAGCCAACAGUCGUCAUCUUCCGCCAUGUGCUACCAACGCUAUCUUCACUCGAACAAAGCCUUGCGGAUGAGAUAAGGCAGAGUCUCAUGCGCAACCUAUCUAAGCUAGCCAGUUUUGCGGCUCAAGAUAGGCGUGCGAGUCGGGAUACGCUUCUUGACGUUAUACAUUGCUUGUGGGCCAUAAGCGGAAUGCCCGGCAUGAAUGCAGACCGGAUAUUCGUUCCUCUUUGUUCUGUCAUCUGUCAGCUACGGCCAUUUUUGCAGUGUACUCAAGCAGAGGCUGCCGAGCGACGACUGAGUAUCCUAUCUUAUCUGAUUUUGCUCGGCACAUUUGGUCAAGUCUGCAGCGUUGACCAACACACCGCAGCUUUCGUUGCGAGGCUUCGCAAUACUCUUAGCACUCAAAAUGCGACGCUCCGGGCGCAGAUGGAGCCGUUGCUCAAUUCAAAGACACCCACUCCUCCAUCUCUUCUGUUAUUGGAUACCGCACGACCUUUCACGAUGCAGAAUUGGGAAAUCAAGAUUCGCGAGCAAGCGUUGCGAAGUAUGGGGGGCAUCUGUCAACAGUCGCCUCAGCAUUUCAUGCGUGAUGAAGUCCAGGAAGUGGUCAAACAAGUCUUCAAGAACGAGGGUAAUGACUCACUAAAGUACAUUGCACUAUCCUUUAUCCGGGAAUUCUUCUCAACCGCUGAGCGACGCUCCGAGACUGGCGCACAGAUUGCAGUCGGAAAAGGAGCUGUCACCGGCUCUAAGCGUUUGGAGUCCUCAUUCACUGCCACUGGCAAUGACCGGGCCUCACUACAACUGGCUCAGACAUUCUUGGAACACUUCGUCAAUGCAGCAUUCCGAAACAAGAACGAACUUGCAGUCAUUGCGACAGACAUCAUCGCCAGUAUCAGUCGACAAGGUCUGGUUCACCCAAAAGAGUGCUGCACUGCGCUUGUCGCUCUUGCCACUUCACCGAUGCCGAGUCUCGCUCAGGUAGCUGGUGAUGAACACAAACGGAUUCACGAGAAGCAGGAAUCAUAUCUGGAAAAGGAAUACAUGAAAGCAAUCAGACGGGCUUUCGAGUACCAGCGAGACCUAUACAACGAUCCUCACGGAAUGGUUGAAACUACCCACGCCCCCAAGCUUGCGAAACUUCUCGAGGCACUCAAGAGUGGGAAGAAGGCUAGUCUCAAGAAGUUUAUCAACAACUUCUGCAAGCAGAUCGAUUUUGACUUUGAAGAACUGGAUGCUAGUGGCACAAUACCCGGACACGUUCUGUAUGCUCGUUUCUGCUUGGAGAACUUGGCCCUGCUUGACUUCCCUCACUUCGAAGAGUUAGCCGUGUUUCUCAAUGCAGUCGAGGCAAUGGUUCUCAAUACUACCGGGCCAGCUGUGGGACUGGUCAUUGAAGAUGAGAUGCCAAAGCACUAUGUGAAUGUGGAAACACCAUUUCAACCGGACAUGCUCCAGCAACAGCAGCAAUUUGCAGCUGGACAGAUGGGUGGCAUGAUGCAUCUACCGCCAGCUGUAGCUCUUUCCGUACCCAGGCUUGCACCGCUGAGCAUCGCCGACGACCGUCUUCGCAAGAUUACUGCAGCUUGUAUGAUCUUACAGAUGGUAUGGGAAACACGAACCUUCAUUCGCCGAUGCUACACAAUCAAGAACAACGGGCCAAUUCCCUCGAAGGACUAUCCAAAACUUGCAAGCCGCAACAACUUCAUCACCGGCAAGGAUCUAUGGGAACGCUUUAACCCCAUCAUGUGCGCUCUCGAUACGCGUGAGAGUAUGAUAAAGCAGUGCUACGACUUUGCAGAGUUGCUGGACGUAGAUCGCGACAUCUUUGUUGACGUAGACGGUGUUGAUACCCUUGGUACAGGCUACGAGACGCCAAAUGACGAUGGCGAGAAUGGUACGCCGCUCCCUACUAGCGGUCGUGGUAGGAAGAGAAAGAGCAAUGUAAACCUUGGCAACACACCGAAGAAGGCGAGAAGUAGAACAAGCGGGUCAAAGAAGAAGGGUAGGAAUUCCAAGACGCCCGAUGGCGAUGAGGACUCCGAUUAGGCGCCGUGAAUCACAUCUGACCUGGAAUGAAGACUGAAAGGAAACACUCCUUUUAUAUUCCUGCACAUACGGAAGGGUACUAUUUCGAGGGGGUGUUCUACUGCAUUAGCACGGCGUUACGCGGCGAGAUGUACAAUAUUGAUACCCUCAGCAUCUGGGACUGGCGUUUUUUUACUACAAAAAGAUCGAUCAUCUUGAUCUACUUGGCGAUGUGGAGGAGGCGUCGCCACUGUCAAGUCAGGAUCACAUGCAGCGUCCUGGCAAGUAUAUAGCAAACAAAUAGCAUUGCAUGUCUGGCCGAAA